UUGAGAUGGAAAAAUGAGCAUUAGACAAUAGACACCUAUCACUCAGUUUUGACAGUAACGUGCUUGGUCAUAUGACAACUGUUAGUAUAGAUGCAGGUGGUAAAAAUUGAACUGAGUUUUUUUGUUUUUCAUACGUUUCCGACGUCACAUGAGUUUUAUCUAACGAAUUAUAAUAAAAGAAUGGUGUCUGAUAUAAUAGCAUUGAGACCGUUUAUUGUAGUAAGCCCAGUUUCGUUGAAAUGAUUGGUGGCUCGUUGUAGUGGUCUUAACGUACACGCAACAACUCUUAACAACACUUAGAUAUUUGUGAUUCGCCUACAGCCAUAGCAUGUGAUCGGUCAUCGCCGAAAUACUGAAUGAAAUAGACAACCAAUAAUUUUUCGACGUACAGACAAGCAUCGAGUUGUUAGCCCUCUACCAGUACCAGAGGAUGGACGACUAUGGAUAAUGAACAGCCUCAUCAAGAACACGUCAAGUGUGUGGUUGUUGGAGAUACUGCCGUGGGGAAGACACGACUCAUUUGUGCACGAGCCUGCAAUGCUCGCCUGACCCUGAGCCAGCUGCUGACCCACCACAUCCCAACAGUGUGGGCCAUUGACCAGUAUCGUAUCUACAAGGAGGUAUUGGAACGCUCAUGGGAUGUUGUGGACGGUGUCAGUAUUUCCCUCAGACUAUGGGACACUUUUGGUGACCAUGAUAAAGACAGGAGAUUUGCAUAUGGAAGGUCUGAUGUAGUCCUUUUAUGCUUUUCCAUUGCUAAUCCACUAUCCCUACGGAACUGUAAAGUCAUGUGGUAUCCAGAGAUUCGAAAAUUCUGUCCUCAUACACCAAUAGUGUUGGUUGGGUGUAAAAAUGAUCUCCGGUAUAUGUAUAGGGAUGAAGAAUUCCUAAGUUUGUGUCGAGACCGCAGCCCAUUUUUCAGAGGCACCCAUCCAUGUGUGUCAAGCAGAAACCCUGAAUUGGGAAGACCUUUGCGAGAGACUGACAUCCUAACCCCAGAACAUGGUCGAUUGGUUGCAAAGGAGAUUGGAGCUCCUUACUAUGAAACAAGUGUCCUGACACAUUAUGGUGUGAAUGAAGUGUUUGAGAAUGUAAUCAGAGCUGCUCUUAUAGCUCGAAAGCAACAACGCUUUUGGAUGACCAAUCUAAAACAUGUACAGCGCCCUCUUCUUCAGGUUCCAUUCUGCCCUCCAAAGCAACCACCUCCUGAUAUUUGCGUCCCUGAUUCACAGUUUGAGAGUGAUAUGUUGUCAUUGUUCCAUAGUCAAGUGUUCACUGAUGUCAUAUUUCUUUGUGGAAAAAUAGGUUUUUCCGCCCACAGAGCAGUGUUAGCUGCAAUUAAUGGUUCAUUUUUCAAACUCUUCACCAUGGACCUAUCACCAGAUAUUUCAACAUCUGUCCGCAGCUCAAGUGAGUCUAGUAUGGUUAGCACGCUGGAAAAUGCCCAUAGUAUUUUCAAUGAUGACACAGAACAGCUCAUUUCCCAAAGCACUCCACCAACUUGUGCCUCAUUGCGGCUGCCACGAAGCUCAAACAACAACACUAGUGGUUGCUCGCUGAAUGUUAAUUCAGAUGGUGGCAACAGAGUGACUCAGUGGAAGAGUGUCAGCUUGGUUCAUUCAGAUGAAUCAGGAAAUGCCCCUACAGAAUCAAAACCUGGGGUCUGCAAGGUAAUCAAUCAAGGUGCAUUUCAGUCCAUCAGCCUUGAACCUUGUGAAAGUAUAGACCAUACAGGAAACAUCACCUCAACAGUACAGACAGUUGUGACAAUAUCAAAACAAAUUACUCCUGCAGCUCUCCAACAGUGCUUGAGAUUUUUAUAUACUGGUUCUGUUGACUUGAAGUGUUGUUCCCUGUCUGAGGUACAGUUAGCAGCUGAGUUGCUUGAAAUACCAGAAUUACAGGUGAUUGUUAGUAAUGUACUACAUCGAGAAGACUUUCUCAAUCAAGAAGUACAGCAGAAGUUCCUCCAAAAAGUAAGAGCACGUGUAAAGGAAGUUUGUGUCAAGCAGGGUCUUUUCUCAGAUGUCUUAUUUCAACUGGAAGAUGGUUUAUGUGCUGCCCAUCGUCCCCUAUUAGUCGCUCGCUGUGAUAUGAUGGCAGCUAUGUUCCGGGGAGACUUCAGAGAGAGCUCUGAAAAAGUGGUCCACUUUCCAGGAGUAUCCAGUGACUGUUUUCGUCAUCUUCUUGUCUAUCUGUACACUGACUGUUUGGAUCCUACUGUUAAUCCCAACAACUGUCUUGAACUUCUGGAACUAGCCAAUCGACUGUGUCUUCCUCGACUAGUUGCUCUUGUUGAACACAAAGUGAUUCGGGAACUGAAUAAGAUGGCUGAAAAUGGAAUCGACUCCACAGAACAUGCUAUUAGACUUUUAGAACCUUGUCAGAUACACAAUGCAGAUCAGUUGGCAGACUGGUGUUUGUACAAUAUAUCGGUCAGUUACAACGAGAUAUGCCGUAAAAGUGUGAAACUAUUAAGAACUCUUCACCCAGAAAAUCAAGCUUACCUGAACCGAAACAGAUGGCCACCAGUAUGGUAUCUUAAAGAAUAUGAUUACUAUGAGCGAUGUCUUCGAGAGCGAGAGUGGCAAGAAAAUCCGCCCAAAGCUCUCAAACGGCAUAGAAACAGCAAUGGGAGCAGUGGGUGUCUUUGUUUUUCUGGAAAAAGUCGUAGAGAUGAAUCUAAACGUGAGUAUCGCACAGUGUAGAAACUUCAAGUGUUUUCCUCAUGAAAAACGAAACCCUCAAGACCUGUAAUGGACGUGGAAAGAUGUUCUUGAAUAUCAGUUUUUUUUUGCCAUUUCUUUUGACUUUUAUAAUGGAGAAUUCUACACCUUAUUUUUUUGUUGGUGGCAAUUCCCUCACUGAAUAAUAUGCUUGAUUCAGCAGUACUGGUGAGAAAUGUGAAAUGUGUAAUAAUGUAACAUGCUUGUGCAACUGAUGACUGUCAGCAUUUCAAAAACAUUUUUUUAACAUAAAAAAGUAAAAAUAUAUAUAUAUUUUAGAAAUGGCUUUUAAAGACUGUUUUAGAUAUCUGUUUGUAGUAGAAUGUCCAGAUUGUACCAUUUAAAAAACUAAUUGCACAAAAUUUCUGAAAGAAAACAAUCACGAACAAAACCAGCUUAAGACAGUAAUAUUAAAUGUGACCUUUAGAAGAAAUUAAAUCCUGAAAUCUGAAUACACAUGUAAUUUGACAAAAUUAAAACUAUAGUACAUGAGAACACACAUUUCAUUUCAAAGAUGUGACAAUUACAAACCUUUUUCUUCACUAAAGUCAACAAAUACAUAGUUGGUUUCAAAGAUGUAACAGUUAACAACCUGUCUUUUUUCCAACCAAGUUAGAACAGUCAACUAACAAACAUACAGUUGGCUACAAAGAUGUAACAAAUUACAAAUUUAGCUGUUUUUAUUUUUCACCCAGAUUACAAUGCUAAUAAACCAAUAAGUACAUAACUGGUUUGUAAGAUGUAAUAAAUACCAAACUAUCUUUUUUAACCCAUUUAGAACACUAAACAACAAACUGGUUUCCGAAAUGUAACAAUUACCAAAAUAUUUUUCCUUCACUCAAAUUGAACACUAAACCAACAAAUACAUAGUUCCAGAAAAGUAAUGGUUACCAAACUCUUUUUUUUUUUUUCAUCAAACAUUAUAAUGGUAAACCAACAAGCAUGCAGUUGUUUCAAAGAGGUAGCAAAUUACCAGUUUGUCUUUCUUCACACACACACAUAGUAAAACAAUCAUUCUAAAAGCAUACAGUUGGUUUGAAAGAUGUAACAAAUUCCAAGCUCCCUUUCUUCAUUCAACUUACAAAAAGUCGGACUACAAACAUACAGUUUGUUUUUAAAUUAACUAACAGUUAUCACCCUUGAUUUUUGUAAUUGGACAAGAACAUUCAACCAAUAGAAACUUGGUAAAACUUGAACUACUAGGGUAGUAUAGUAGACAGUGUUGUAAAUUAUAGUUAAUUGUUGUAAUGCUGCAAACAAUUGCAAAUAAAAAAAAUGUUUGUGGUAAUAAUCAAUUGUAAAUUUAAAAGAUUUUUGUGGUCUUGAAAACCUAAGUGUAAGAAGAAAAUGAUGAAGCUUCUUUUCUACUCAUUACUGGAAGCUUUUUAACCUGUGUUAUGGGUAAUGUGACUUUGUAUUGUGUAGCUUUAGUGAUGGUGUGGGUUUUCUUGUAGCAGUAUUGUGCCAUUUAUUGACCAUAACAUUUUGUGCUCAAUUGCUCAUUAAAUUCUAAACUUGUUUGGAAAAUAUGACAAAGGCUUUUUGAUGCAGAAAAGUCUACCAUAAUUUUUUUUUAUAUCAUUAUUAUUAUUUUUGUAUAAUAAUUGUAACAAGUGUAUACUGAAAUUGUGAUUGUUUGUCUGUCAUUGAUGUUGAUACUAUUUGGUUAUUAUCCUUAAUAGAUGAACAGAAUUAUUUUCACAUCAAUUAACCCAAAAAGAAAAAAAAAAUUGUUAAGUAAAUUUUAAUAUGAAAAAUACCAAAGUCCUCUUAGUUCUUUACUGGCUCAUGUUUUUAUAAAAAGUUUUUUGGUGUGUUACUAGAAUUUUAAUUACAUAUUGGAGAAGAUUUUUCUUGUUAAUUGACAUUCUUAUAUUAUUUAAAUUGUAACCAAAUGUAUAAUUCUACUUUAUAUGAUAUAUUUUUUUCACUCUGAAGAAUGUCCUCUAAUCUAAACACAAACAGCAUUUUUUAUCGUUUUUAAAAUUUUGGGACUAAGAAACAGUGGUUAUGAUCACACUAAAGCCAUUAAGGGGUUUUCAUUUCCCUGGAAGUGUUUUUCAAUGGGAAAACGUAGAAGCUAGUCAUUAUAUGCUUGUUACCUCUCAAUCUCAAUUAUGACUCAAACAUAAAUGUACAAGAUAUUUUACAUUAUGAUAAAAUGUCUCGCUUUUUUUUUUUUUUUAAAUUAAAAGUAACUUUCUCAGAUGUAUUUAUAUUUGCAGCUGUUUAAAAUUCCAGUUUUUAAAAUAACGUAACUCUAAAAGACGUUAAACUAUAUUAUUUUAUCAGCGUGGGGUUCAAAAGAAUAUUUUUCCUACAACAGCAUAACUUUAUGUUGAAUCUGUUUUGAAAAACUACAAGCUAUUUUGAGAAAGUUAGCAGUAGCACAUUGUUUAGGGAGAAUUGUAGAUUAAACUUGGUGCUUUCAAAAGAACACACAUUAAAAUCAUACCAUGAUCAUCACAAAGUUACUGUUGCUAUUCACAAGAUCUUCACGUCUGUUGUAGUGAUUUCACUUUUUCUAUUGUCAUAUAUUCAAUUUCUAAGCAACAUUAUACUGUUUGUCAUAUCACCAUGUUUCUAGUUUGUUUUAGGUCACUUUAAAAUAAUGUCGUUCCUUGCUUAUGAAUAUUUUUAGGUAUUAAGCAUAAAUAUACAUUAAGGACCAUGAUAUAAGCAUACAUAGCUACAAAUGCAUCUUUUAUAAUUGUAUAAAAAUACUUAAAAUAUAUUCCCACUCCUUGAUUUAGAAAAACCUGAAGAAAGUAUAUUCAGUUAAUUGAUGCAACGAAGCAUCCAGGAGUAGUUAUAAUUUUUGCCCAGAUUUGUAUUUCAAUCUCCUUACAGAAAAUAUCACACCUAUACUGACACAAUUUUAUGUAGAACUGAAAAUAAAACUUACUCCCUGUAUUUCAUAUACCAUUUUAUGAAAGCUUUAUUACUAUUGUGAUGUGGUUCCAUGUAUUGUGCUUUGUUCAUGUUGACUUAUUUUAAAAUAACAUAGAUUUCAAAGUUAUGGUUUGAGAAGUAUAGUGGAAAAUUAUCUUAAAAAGAAUUAGCCUUUUAUGAAGUCAUGGUCAGAAAAUUCACCAUUUACCUAGUAAUAACACUUAAUUUUUCUAAACAAGUAACUUGUUUCAAUAAUUACAUCAAGCAUCACCUUGUAUGGGUCUCAUUUUUUACUUUAAUAACUGUAAUUCCUAUGAAGUCUUGCCACUAAGUGGCUUUGCUUGGAAACAGUAACCACUAGAGCCAUGUUAGUUUAGUGUUAGUGGUUGUAUAAUAAGUUUUCAUAUUUUCCACCUUUGUGGUUUUUGCAUUUGAAAGUUUCUGCUUGUUAAUAUUUAAUGUAAUGAUUAUUGUAAUGAAGGCUCUAUUUAAUCUUUAGUCCUAUAAAAUUGAGUGGUGUGUGUUAGCUUUGUUUUAAGUUCAAGUUCCAGUCAGUGCUGUAUUUAACUUCUUUUUUUUGCGAGAUUUUCUUUAUUGAUUUAAUAAUUCUACCAUUAGCUGUGAUGGUUUUAACACUUGGGCUCUAAGUUACACCAAGUGAUGUUGCUGUAUUUUGUACUGAACCGUGUGUGGUGUGGAGCACAAACCUGCCAGGGUUGAUAUGGCUGGACCAUCCCACCCGGCAACACUUGUGUACUACAUUGCUGAGUAUUUUUUGUGACAAUAAAUGGCUUUUUAAGCAAAUUUAAUGUAA